AUGUUGUUGACAAGAUAUAAUAGAUUGUUAAUAAUACUGUUGAUACAGGUCAUCAUUGUUGGUGUGUUGGUAUUGGCUCAUGUUGAUGAUCAUGAUAAGCCAUCAAUUGAUACAUUUACAGAUAGCUUCUCAUUCGAACAUCCUAUAAAUAUAAACGUUCGAUUGGUAGGCUUCUCAACUGCCCAACACAACGAUCUACAGCGCAUACUCAAUCAUCUUGAUAACACAAACAUACCUGUCAUCAAGAAUCCUUUCUCCACUGUACAGUUCAUCAAACAAAAGUACCUCUACUUCUUAGAGACGUCAUCGGACAGAUUGAAGGAUGACCUGCGCACGGCGAUAAGUGACGCGACUAGACAGCAACGACCACACCCAACGAUUGGCGCAGGCACCACUGUCAUUGGCUACGACAUAAUCGACAGUAUCAUUGCCAGUGAUUACAACUUGGUCGAUAAGAACAACGCCUACACUAUAUAUAUAUUGAACAAUGACAUUAGCCAGUCGUACUCAUACUCCCAGAUUCCCAACCUCGCUCAAGCGGACAAGCAGCAACGGACGCCUUUCUAUUGCACAACAAAGAUGUGGCAAUGUCGUGGCGAUGGCGGAGGACGAUACAUGUGGAUCGAUCUGACGGCCGACGCCGUCAACUUUGGCCCCGUGACCAAGGGCACAGGCAGCGUCAUCGCGUCGCAGCUGCCGCGCCACGCUAGCGGAUCGUCCGACCGCUUCCUCAACGACAUUGGCACCUUUGUCCAUCAGACCACGCGUCAACUGAUCGCGCCGCCCAUUGGACACAUGAUGAACUUUGAUUGGACACACCUGGAAGUGCGUCUCAUCAUGGUGCACGAUCACAAGGUGGGCAUCCUGGAGCAGUCCGAGAGGUUUGAUUGGGACGAGAUCAGGAAGCAGUUGAAAUCAAUCAAGUUGCUGCCCGACCAAUCAAUCUCCUUUUCCAAGGCAGAGAUAUCACUGCUUGACAACAUAUAUGCCGCACAGGCCAAGCAGUCGUCACUGCGCGUGCAUCACAGUGGCACCAAGGGUACACAGCAGUACCUGGACUCGGCCGACCUGCACUAUUGGCUUCAACAGCACAACCUUGACUUUGUUCCAGAGUUGGACAAUCGUAAUAGCGACUCGCGGGUCAUCCCCGUAUUCCUCUUUGACAUCUCAUUCAAGGACCUACUACUCCUUGAUCGCAUGCAUCAAGCUGUCUCCUUUGAUGACAUGGUGAUAGCCAUUCAAACACAAUCCCAAAGGCCUGUAGACUUUACAUGUGGCGAACAGGGCAAUCUUUCGAUUGAUGCCGAUGAUGCCACAAGACCAGUGAUGGCAGCAUUAUUGGAGACUAUAUGGGGAGUGCUACCAACACAUCUGGAAUUGUCAAAGACAAGUGGAGCGAAUCAGAAUGAUGCCAACUAUCUAUGGUCCAUGGGAUUCAACCCUUUCAGUGUGUUCUCCACUCACAAGACACUAUCAUUCGCACAGACAGACGCAGCCAUUCGCAACAACGUCUACUCGCACAUCGUGGAAUCAUUGGAAUCACUCCAAAUCAUAAUGAGUCACAUUGACCAAGACGAGACAUGGGAGGAGUUUGCACAAGAGUCUGAUAAGGAGGAUAUUCAAUCAAUUGAUAAGAUGAGACAAUCGAUACAAGAGGUGUUGUUGGAGAUUGGACAACAUUUGUCCAAACACAAGGAAGUGGAGGCUUAUGCAAAGAUCCAGACGUUGCAAACAUUGGCCGAAUCAUUGACCGAUGUCAUACACAGUCAACACAACGAACGUCACUCAUUCCUCGAGUGUAGACAGCCAUCCAUCGUGAUGUCCGAGGUCGUCAGCAUCAUAUUCACAUGUCUAAUGCUUGCGCUCCUCUCUUUCAAGUUCCUCAAGAAUAAAAUGAUGCGCUAA